AUGACUGGGACUCAGAACCUUCCUUCCUCUCCCACGCAAAGUCGCAGUAAGAAGACGCUGUUGGUUACUGACCCCCCGAAAUUUGACCUGGAAUCAUACAUACAAAACUACCAAGGACGAACCAGAUUUGAACGGCUCCUCCAGAUUGGCCUUUGCUCAACUUUCCUCGGAGUCGACGCUCUCAGGCUUGCGGUCAAGGAGGCAAAGCAGGGCAAGGACACCAAGCGAUACAUACAAGCACAAGGUCAUCUGCAAACGAUAGGCCCGAAUGAACCUGAAUCUCGGAGGGACCAAGCAUGGAUCGAAGCUACGGACAAGAAGAACCAGGCAGAGACAACCCGCCUCCAAACCGAGCUGAAUGGAUACAAACAUAAUCUUAUUAAGGAGAGCAUUCGUAUGGGCAAUGAGGAUCUUGGCAAGCAAUACCAGGCGAUGGGCGAUCUCCCAAAGGCAUCCGAAGCUUUUAGUCGUAUGCGACAAGACAUCAGCAUUUCGAAGCAUAUUGUAGACGUCAGCCGACACCUUAUUGAAGUAGCUACCGAGCAGAGAAACUGGAUGACAGUCACUUCCAAUGUGCAGAAGAUCAGAGGUAUCCUUUCGUCUUCAGACGAGGACAAGUCCAUCCUCCCAUAUCUCCAGGCUGCAGAGGCGUUGGCUUGUUUCGAAAAUGGAGAUUACCGUAAUGCUGCUCUUGUAUUCCUUGGCACUGAUACAGGACUGGGUUCGACCGCUGCGACGAUUAUCAGCCCCAACGAUGUCGCCAUUUAUGGUGGCCUUUGUGCUCUUGCAAGUAUGGACCGGAAUGAGCUGCAAAAGAAGGUGCUUGAGAACUCGAGCUUCCGAACAUACCUGGAACUGGAGCCGCAAAUUCGACGUGCCAUCGCGUUCUUCGUGAACAGCAGAUAUACUGCUUGCCUAAAUGUCCUGGAAACAUACCGGGCGGAUUACCUCCUGGACAUCUACCUGCAGAAGCACUUUGAAGAACUCUAUCAUUUAAUUCGCAGCAAGAGCAUUGUUCAGUACUUCAUUCCUUUUUCAUGUGUCACUGUCGAUAGCUUGAAUCAGGCUUUUGCUCCACCGGGAAAGACUGUAGACAAGGAGCUAGCAAUGAUGAUCCAAAAUAACGAGCUCAAUGCAAGAAUCAAUACCAUUGAAAGGCUCCUCGAGGCAGUCCCUUCCAACCCCCGAACCGAACUCCAACGAGGUGCUCUUCAGAUAACCGAUGACUAUGCCCGCGAGGCGCGCCGCCGAAUCAUGCACAUGAAUGUGUCGAUGGCAGAUCUGGAAGUCAAGGGAAAGCGUGGCACCGGACACAACAACAUGGGCCUUUCAGACGACCUAUUCGGUGAACCGGUGGGUCGGGAGCUGCGGUCGAGAGGCGCUGGCUCGACCAUGUUAUCGUGA